UUCUCGGUGUGCUGGCCAGUGGCGAGCGAGGCUCCGGUGGCCGCACGCUGGGAGGAGGCUGGAGCCCAGUAAGGAAGAAUGGAAUUGGCGACACGCUACCAGAUCCCUAAAGAAGUGGCUGACAUCUUUAACGCCCCCAGUGAUGAUGAAGAGUUUGUGGGCUUCCGAGAUGAUGUUCCCAUGGAAACUCUCUCCUCUGAGGAAAGCUGUGAUAGUUUUGAUUCGCUGGAGUCAGGGAAACAGCUCGUGGAGUCGGACUUGAGUGACAAUGGCAAAGCAUCUUUGGUGAGUGAGGAUGAGGAAGAUGAUGAAGAAGAAGAGCCUACACUGAGGAGGAGAAGCUCCAGAAGAAGCAGCAUUGGGCUCCGGGUAGCCUUUCAGUUCCCUACCAAGAAGUUGGCCAACCAACCAGAUAAAAACAGUUCUUCAGAGCAGUUGUUUUCGAGCUCGCACUUACAGAAUGAUAAUAAACCAAUUUCUGGAAGAAACAAAGGUCUUAGGCAGGGGAUGGAAAGAGAAGAUUCUGCCUCUGAGUCUGAGGACGACUCCAGGGAUGGGAGCCAGGAGGGUUCAGACGCCCUGCUGAGGAGGACCAUGAACAUCAAGGAGAACAAAGCUGUGCUUGCUCAGUUACUGGCAGAAUUGAACUCGGUGCCAGACUUAUUCCCAGCACGAACCCCGACCUCAGCUUCUAAGAAGAAACCAGUGAGGCGGGCCUUCUCGGAGGGACAGAUCCCACGGCGCAUGAACCCGACCCGAAGCGCGCGGCCUCCCGAGAAGUUUGCUCUAGAGAACUUCACUAUCUCAGGGGCCAAGUUUGCAGAAGAGUUUUACAGUUUCAGAAGAAGGAAGACGAUUAGUGGGGGUAAAUGCCAGUAUAGACGACGUCACCGUGUAUCAUCUUUUCGGCCAGUGGAAGAGAUCACUGAAGAGGAUUUGGAAAACGUCGCCAUAACUGUUCGGGAUAAAAUCUAUGAUAAAGUUCUGGGUAACACGUGCCAUCAGUGUCGGCAGAAGACCAUCGACACCAAGACGGUGUGCCGGAACCAGGGCUGCGGUGGUGUACGAGGACAGUUCUGUGGGCCCUGCCUGCGGAACCGCUACGGGGAGGAUGUGAGGUCUGCCUUGUUGGACCCGGCCUGGGUGUGUCCUCCCUGCCGUGGGAUCUGUAACUGCAGUUACUGUCGGAAGCGUGAUGGCCGCUGUGCUACAGGGAUCCUCAUUCAUCUGGCCAAGUUUUAUGGUUAUGAUAACGUUAAGGAAUACCUGGAGAGCUUACAAAAGCAGCUGGUAGAAGAUAAUUAAGAGAAAAAAGAUCCGGCCAACUCGCCUUUAGAGACCUCCAACAAGA